AACACUGGGAGAGGCUUGGGGACAACUAAAGAAGAGUCUAGCUGAUGAAGCAGAGGUUCAUCUCAAAUUUUCCUCAAAGCUUCAGAGCGAGGUGGAGAAACCCCUGCUCAACUUUAGAGAGAACUUUAAGAAAGACAUGAAAAAGUGUGACCAUCAUAUUGCAGACUUACGGAAGCAUCUGGCCAGCCGCUAUGCAGCAGUUGAAAAGGCUCGGAAAGCCUUGACAGAGAGACAGAAGGAUCUGGAAAUGAAAACUCAGCAACUGGAGGUGAAACUCAGCAACAAGACAGAAGAGGAAAUUAAAAAGGCCAGACGGAAGUCUACCCAGGCAGGAGAUGACCUGAUGCGCUGUGUGGAUCUUUAUAACCAAGCCCAGUCCAAGUGGUUUGAGGAAAUGGUGACCACCACUCUGGAGCUUGAGAGACUAGAAGUAGAAAGGGUGGAGAUGAUUCGGCAGCAUCUUUGCCAGUACACACAGCUGCGGCACGAGACAGACAUGUUCAACCAAAGUACAGUAGAGCUUGUGGAUCAGUUGCUUCGGAAAGUGGAUCCUGCCAAAGACAGAGAACUGUGGGUAAAAGAACACAAAACUGGAGAUAUCCGACCUGUGGACAUGGAAAUAUAGACUGAUCUAUAGUUAUAUGUGAUGGGUCCACUGAAUUAACCAGGCUAAUUCUUUUAUUUUUUAAAAAAAGAGUCAGAAGAGCACAGAGAGACGGUUUUUCCACUACCAGACACCUUGUAAUUUAUGCCUGCGCAGGCUAUCUCUGUUACAUUUAGUCAUUAAAAUGGUCCUCAUUGUGCUAAGCCUUAAGCACCAAACAUUCCAGGGUUAAGAAACCAGAUGUGUACUUCCCACCAGAGGUUCCCAAUUGCACGCAGCUUCCAGAAGAAAUCUGCUUUCUGGUACAGAGAGCUGUAUUCUUCAAAGACUUUGUGCUACAACCCUUGCAUGACUCUUUUUAUAUAGUUAUGUUAGAACAACCAUGCAGUGAGCCUCUGGCUCUCAAGUAGAUAACUAUUUGAACAUGAUGCAGGAAGCAAGGAAGUCAUGAAUCCCAGGUCUGUCACUGACUGCUUACAUGGCCAUAGGCACCUCAAUUAACUUUUCUGGCUUCUCAUCUAUAAUAAAAACACUUCUCAC